UGUGCUUUUCUUGUAUUCUAGUGUGUUCAAUUGUUUCAAGAAGACCCGGUUGGCAGCUGAGUUUACUGUCAUCCAGACGGGAGUACGUACUACAUACAGCGGCGGAGAGGCAGAAUGUCUGACUCAGGUUCAGAUGAGGAUGCAGGAGAAAAUUUUGGUCAGGAGGUGCCGCCGCUGGUCCAUCUGCUGAAAGAUAUAUUGGAACGCUAUCCCGAAGGAGGACAGAUUUUGAAGGAGUUGAUACAGAAUGCAGACGAUGCUGGAGCCACUGAAGUGAAAUUUUUGCUUGAUGCAAGGGAGAACGUCUACGGUACAGAACGUCUGGUGAAGAAAUCACUGAGGAAAUAUCAAGGUCCUGCUCUAUACGCUCAGAACAACGCUGUGUUUCAACGCGAGGACUGGGAUGGCAUCCAGAAACCAUACCGCAGUGUGAAGAAAGAUGAUCCCAUGAAAGUUGGCAAGUUUGGAAUUGGAUUCAAUUCAAUCUAUCAUCUAACAGACCUUCCUAGUGUUGUUAGUGGUAACACUGUUGGAUUCUUUGAUCCUCAUCAGAAGCAUUUUCAAGGUAAAACUGGGAGAAAAUUUUCAUUCAGUGAUGCCAGAAAUCCCAAAUAUGCUGAACAGUUUGGUCCAUAUAAAGUUCUUGGUUGUGAUUUGUCACAAUCUGAGUACAAUGGUACCUUAUUCAGAUUCCCUUUACGUCAAGAACCGUCACCAGCCCUGUCAUCCAAUGUCGUUUCUUCACAAAGGAUUCAUGAUCUGUUUGAGUCAUUUCAAGCUGAUGCGCAUCUUGUCUUGCUGUUUCUCAAGACAGUGGAAAUGAUAUCCAUCUAUGAGUGGCUGCCUGGCAAACCGGCUGCUUUCGAAGUUUUUAGAGUGUGUUUGUCAGAACCAGCAAGAGCAGUCGUUCAUAGGGAAAGGGAAAGUAUUUUGAGCAGUAUAUCAGCAGCAACUAGAGCUGAUGGAAGAGUGAAAUCAGGAUUUGUUUUGUCCAGAUGUUAUCAGGCAAGUAUUACGUGCACAUUGCGACAAGUUACUAUCACUCAACAGUGGUUAGUUGAAAAUUACAUCAGCACAACAAAUCCUGAAGUGCAUUCGAUGGCAGCCAAAUUGGCACAAAUUCCCUGGGUGGGACUUGCUGUUCCAAUUGGUGGCAAAACCAAACAUGGAGAAAACUUGGGAAGAAUCUUCUGUUUUCUUCCAUUGCCUCCCAGUGAUGAUGCAGAUAGUAAUAGUGGUCUGCCUGUGCAUGUUCAUGGUUCAUUCAGUGUGGCUGAUAAUCGCAGAAGCCUCAAAUGGCCAGCAGAAGACAGAACAAAAGAUGAGAAGGCAGAAUGGAAUCGUCUGCUAGUUGAGCAGUUGAUAGCACUGGCUUACACCUCUCUGAUUCAACAUGCCAUUGAACUCGAUCGCAAAGUUGUUUCUGUGACAGAUAUUUAUGCCAUGUGGCCUGACAUCGAGCAUGUCCAGUAUCAUUGGUCACUGUAUGUUGUGCCAUCUCUUCUAAGCUCUCUUUCAAAGCUGAAAGUAUUGCAUGGUGAGAGUACAUCAGGGAUCUCUUGGGAACGUGUUGGAGAUGUGUUAGUCUGCAACAAUGCCGGAAACACACUGAGUCUAGCUGAAUCAGUUGCAAUUGAAGAAAUGAAGAGAAUCGGUCACAAAGUUACGUUUCCUGCUACCAAUAUUGCAUCUUGCUUAGCUAGAAUAGAGAGUUACCAUGGAGUGAGUUGCAAGCGAAUAUGUCCUGAGGUGGUCAGAGUUGAACUGAAAAAAAGCAAUCGUUAUCAGAAUAUGCAACCAUGCAAUAAAAUCCAAUUGUUGAAGUAUGUAUUGAGUGAUCGUAGGUUUGACAGUUUGGUUGGCUUACAUCUACUACCAUUAGCUGAUAGAACAUUUACAUCAUUCUCAUAUCGAGGGUAUUCAGCAGUAUAUCUUGAAUCGUCAUCAUGUCCGAGGUCAUUGUUUCCUGGUCAAGAUGGAAAGUUCUUGGAUCAGGAUAUCGAUAGGGGUGUUUGUACCACCUUGAAAGAGGUUGCUACCACAAGUCAUACACAACUGAAGAACAUCCAACUUAGUGACGUUCCACCUCUCAUAUCAGAAGUGUUGUCAUCCGUGUGGAGGCAUGGGUGUGGAGCUGUGAUUCCAAGACCUCAUACAGUAAAUGGAAGAUUAACUGAUGGCUGGCUAGAAGAACUGUGGGGUUGGAUCAAUCGAAACACAUUCAACAUUCCACUAAGUAAGUUUGAGCACAUGUACGGGUAUAUUAUUCCAGUUACUUCAACAAGUGGGGUGAAGAAUCUCAUGAAGCUUGCACCUCUUCCUGCGCUUUUUGCUGAAGUACCUGGUGUCGACGUACGGAUUAGCAAGGAUUUGGCAAAAGGAUUGGAAAGUUUGGGUUGUACAGUUUUGUACCAACCGUCUAGCUAUCUUGUGUCUUGCAGUCAUGUAUAUAACUACAUCUGCAAGCCAGUGCAAAUACUUACAUGCAUCUCUCGAGCAGGCGUUUCUUCUUCCAAGUACCAAUCGUUGGCUCUUGCGCAGAAGCGUGAACUGAUGAGUGUUGUUUCUUCUGCUCUUCAAGUUUGCCAUCCUUCACGUCCUGAAAUUGAUGUUCUAAAAUCUCUUCCUGUGUUUCGUGUAUGGGGUGGACAGAAUCUUGUAUCUUUGUCUCAUUGCAGUCAAGUGGCUCCGGUUAACCUUGAGGAGACUCUUCCCAUUGUUGCAAAUCUGGUUGCCAGCCCUAAUUUGGCGUCAAGGCUGAUACUACAGUACUUUUCCAAGAACAUCAACUACUUUGAGCUUACUCUCGAAGAAGUUAUGAUCAAGUUUGUCUUUAAUCAGUUUCAGAGGUAUUCAAUGGAUGCCAAAGAGAAUCUAAUCAAGUUUUGUUUGGACAACAUUUACUCUAUGAGCAGUAACGCUCGUCAGACUAUGGCAUCGCUUGCUUUUGUUCGAACUGGUGAUGGUCAACUGAAAGCUCCUAAUGCAGUUUUCAACCCAAGUGAGCGCCAUGUUUUAGAAUUAUAUGGAGAUCAGUGUGUCUUUGCUGUUGGCUCUUUUGCCAUGAACAGCAAAUAUGGUGAAUUACUGCAUCAAUAUGUUGGUCUUCGAAAACUGAGUGAUAUUAGUGCAAACGAACUGUAUGUUUUGGCUGAACGUAUUGCUGCAAAGAAAAGUAAGUCGAUGGGAAAAACACUACUGGAAGUACUGCAUACACAGACUUGGGCUCAACGACUCUUAUCGACACAAACAUACAGACAUGGUUGGGUGAUGUGUUCGCAGGCGUUGGCUACUGUAGAGUGGAUGCCAGUCAUUGAACACAGUUCUUCUAUUAUGCAUUUUGGUAUGCCAUGGGCUAGUUCUAGUCCAACUUGCUUGCCUGGUGUUGUUGUUGUGCCAUCUGAUGACCUCAGCUCAGAAAGGCUUCAGUUAACAGUUGGAUCUCAGUUGGCUAUCCUUGAUUAUGCAUCGGUUAUAUCUCCAAGUAUAGUCAAGUUUCUUUCAUGCGCUUCCUUGAGUACCAUGUAUGAGGCAGUAAUGAAACAACUUAUUGUAGCUCACAAGCUGUGGAAAGCAAAAUCAAUUAAAGAAAGUGGGCGAGAAGAGUUUGAUAGAAUGCUUCAAGAAAUCUUCAGUACACUGGGAUGUGCUUUCAGUAGCUCGUUUGCAACAGUUAUUUUAGACGGUCUCAAGUCUGCACCCGCCGACUGGGUGUGGUUGAAUGGAUCACAAGGUUUUAUACGUCCUGAACAAUUGGCUGUUUCCAGCGCCUUUCCCGGAUCACUUGAGCCAUGGCUUUAUGAGAUUGGGCAUUAUCCUCAUUUGAAUGAUUGUAGUCCACUUCUCAAGACAAGUGGAAUGAAAUCAAAGUUUGAAAAAGAAGACAUUUUGUGUGUUUUACCUUCAAUGAAAGCGUUUUAUGAUAGUUCUACUAUCCAAGUGGAGCCCAAGAAGAUGGGACGUGACUUAGAACUGACUAUAGCAAUUCUUAACUGGUUGACUAGAGAUGGAUCAAUCCUUUCUCGGACUCUUCAACAAAACCUGCUUGUUCCCGUGGACAGGGAAAACAAUGUUCUAGAAUUGUGUCCUUGCUCAGAAUUGAUGUAUUGUGACGCAGAGUGGCUUCGUCGUAGUGAUGACUUAGAAGUUGCAGAUUAUCGCCUCAUUCACAAGCAGGUAUCUUCUGAUACUGCUUACAAAUUAGGUGUGCCAUCUCUUAGCAAUCGUCUGGCCCCAUCCGAGGAGCUACCUUUCGAACAGUUGGGACCCCACGAGUCACUGACUCUAAGACUGAAGAAUAUUUUGAAAGAAUACAAAGACGACGCUGGAAUAUUCAAAGAAUUGCUUCAAAAUGCAGAUGACGCUGAAGCAACGAGCGUCAAGUUUCUUGUAGAUUGGAGACAACAUGAUAAAUUCAAAAGUUCAUUGCUUGCUCCAGGAAUGAGCAAAUGCCAGGGACCUGCUUUAUGGGCUUUCAAUGACUCUGUGUUCUCAGACGAGGAUUUCGUCAAUAUCUCAAAGCUGGCUGCUGCUACGAAACAAUCAAAACUAGAAAAGAUUGGACGAUUUGGAUUGGGUUUCACAUCUGUCUAUCAUAUAACUGAUGUGCCUAGUUUUGUCAGUCGUCGAUAUGUGGUUAUAUUUGAUCCUCACGAGAGUCAUCUCGGAAAUCACAUCAGAAACCCGUCUCAGCCUGGUAUCAAAAUUGACUUUGUGCAAAGUCCCAUUGGCCAGCGAUUUCCUGAUCAAUUUCAACCUUAUGCUGAUGUCUUUGGGUGCAACUUGGUAGAACGCGCUGAGUUUAAUGGAACUCUAUUUCGCUUUCCUUUUCGCACUAAUGAACAAGCUGCUGUGAAUGAAAUAAAGAAGGAAGCCUAUGAUGAAGAUCGAGUUAAAACGUCGUUGCGAGCAUUGCAAGAAGUGUGCGGAAAGCUGCUAAUCUUCCUUCAACAUGUCAAGUCAAUCGAAGUGUUUGAAUUGAAGUCAGAUGCAGUCAGUCCCUCAGACAUGAGACAGAUUUUUUCCGUCCAAGCAGGAAUAGAUCUAGAGGUAUCUGGAAGUCCUUUGUCUCAUCACGGACUUUUGACGUCUUUAUGUAGUCAAGUGGAACAAGGCAAUUUCCAAAGAACUGCCGGCUGUGACUCGACGUGCGUGAUCAAAUGGCGUGACUUUGGUAGAGAUGAGGUGCAUACUGCAAAGUGGUUGGUGUGCUCUGAGGGCAGCAAAGGCACUGCUUUUCAAUUUUCAAUUAAACACGGUGGUCAUGAAAGUGGAUUUGUUCCAUUUGCCAGCGUUGCAGUUGAAUUGCGUGAUGAGUGUGUACCUUGCGUUAUUGAUGGAGAAACAUUUUGUUUCCUUCCUCUGUCAGAGAGAACGGGUUUACCUUUGCACGUGAAUGGUUAUUUUGCUGUACUAUCUAACCGUCGUGGUAUCUGGUGGCAUGGAACUGAUGGAAAAAUAGAUUUUGAAGCAGAAUGGAAUGAGCAGUUGAUUACCGACUGUCUGGUUCAGUCGUACCUCUCUAUGCUGAAGCGUUUGUCUAAGCUACUAGAGUGCAGAGAAAAGACUGAUGGCAAUUUAUUGCAUUAUUAUUCUCUGUGGCCCAAUCAAAGAAACUGUCGUCAUGCUGUCUGGUACACAUUAGUUGCUCAGUUUUAUAAGGAAGUUGUGCAGGGAAGUGACACCAUCUUUUGUAGCAUAAGCAAUGAUGGUUAUAAUUGGAUACCACUGUCUGACUGUGUGAUUCUAUCUCAUUCUGUGUUGGAAGUUCUGCCACAAGCACAACAGAUUAUGAAGCAAUUCUGUCCAUAUUUUGUUGAAUUGCCCAAUCAUGUAUUGGAUGGUCUGAGCAAAGCUGACGACACUACAGUGAAAGGUCUAACGGUUAACGAAGAGAAGUUUGUGUCACAAUGGUUUGCUCCUCACGUACAAGAAGUGAAAUCUGAGCUUCGAGACGCCUUAUUGAAGUCUCUGUUGACUCGUGUUCUCACUACGGUAAAUCUUAUUUCGUGUUUGAGAAGCUUCAGUAUAUUUCCUUGUUGUCCGGAUGGCCAAGUGCUACGUGCUGCAUCAGAUAUGAUUGAUUUCAAGUGUGAAGAAUCCGAACUGUUUGAAGUAGACGAAGGCAGGUUUCCGGUCGAGUUUCUGUGUGAACGAGAGGAGCUAGUUCUUGCUCUACGAAAAUUGGGAAUGAGAUCUACAGGAUGUUUUACUUGGGAUGACGUUACAGAAAGGAGUGCAACGGUGGAAGCAUUGGCGAAAGGAAGUUAUGAAGGAGCGAAGCGGAGGAUCGGAGCUCUAAUUAAACUCAUGAAUAGAUUGUGUGAGAAGGAUACUUGUUCAGCUACGUCCAGGGAAUUGCUUAGAAAUACGCCAUUUCUGUUGGUAGAGAGGCGUCCAAAUAAUUACCCAGUGGUAUGGUACGGGGAUCAGCAUCCAGAUGAGAAGGUUGUCUCUCCUGCCAAAGGUUACUCUUCACAAUACAGAAACAUGAUCGGAUCUUUGGCACUUAUUGUUGAUUAUUUCUAUCACGUUCGCUGGUCUCCUGCGGUAAUCGACCUGCUAGGUUUUAAUCGUUCUCCGCCUCUGUCAAUGUUGCUUAUACAAUUGGACUUGGUUAUUAACGCUUUACAACAAGUUGGGAGCAACAGGGAAUCUUUAAUGAAAAUCAUUGACACGUUGUACAAAGAACUGCAGCGUAGAUACAACGGCAGUGAACCAGACAUUGUUGUAGCUAGUCUGACGGACAAGGCGUGGGUUGUUGUUCAAAGUGCUGGAUUGGGACGUGACAAAGACCGCGGGAGGACACUCAACUGUUAUGCAAUGAAGACUAGCCAGUUGGCUUUCGAUUGGGGAAAAAGUGCACCGCCUUAUCUCUCUAACAUUCCUAGUGAACUCUUGCACAUAAGGACUUUGCUGGAAGCUACUGGAGUAGAAAGGGUAUUUGGAUCUCAAACUAUUAUUGGAGCAUUGAAACAAAUUUUUGAAGAAAUGGGAGGCGAGCAACUACCACAUUGGCUACUUAAGUAUGUUGAACAACUGAUUCUUCCUGAGUUCAAUAGUUUGCCACCGAGUGAGUUGAAGACUUUUCGAGGUGUCCUUGAGGUUCCUCUUCUGUCUGAAGAUGAGCGUUUGAUGGAAGCCUCCAAGUUGGCAUACAAUGAUGCACCGUGGAUGGAUCGUUCGCUCACAGACAAACAUGUUUAUGUACAUCGGUGUGUGCCUCGAGAGAUAGCAAAUGAUCUUGGAGUGAAACUGGUGAGAGACAAAGUACUUGACAGCUACGCUCGUGAUAUACCUGGCAGGGAAUUUGGUCAGCACGAGCCUCUUACGCAACGUCUUCAGAACAUAUUAAAAGAGUAUCCAGCCGACGAAGGGAUUCUGAAAGAAUUAGUGCAAAACGCUGACGAUGCCAAGGCGACGGAAAUACAUAUUAUCUUAGAUCAACGCCAGUACAAGAAGGAACGGAUAUUUACGGAUGAGUGGAAGUCAUUACAAGGCCCUGCCAUUUGUGUGUACAACAACCGACCAUUCACUGAUAAAGACAUCGAAGGAAUUCAGAAUCUUGGAAGAGGUAGUAAAAGUGAUGAUCCAUCACUGACUGGACAAUAUGGUAUAGGUUUCAAUGCUGUCUAUCAUUUGACUGAUUGUCCAUCUUUUCUUUCUGACAACAAGACGCUUUGUGUGUUGGAUCCUCAAUGUCGUUAUGUACGUGGAGCUACUAAAGAGAGACCGGGAAGGUUGUAUGAUACGGACGAAAAAUUUUGGAAUCAGUUUUGUGAUAUCUGGGAUUGCUACAAGUCCAUCGAUGGAAUAACAUUGGAAGGUGGAACUUUGUUUAGGCUUCCGUUACGGACGGUAGAAAUGGCAAAGGAAUCUGAUGUAAGCGAAAAAGUGUUUGACAAUGAACACAUACAGACGCUAAUGAACACGUUCAAGGAAAGCGCACCGAGCAUGUUACUGUUUCUCAACAAUGUUCGUUGUAUCAAGUUGACUUUCAUCUCUGAGACUUCGAAAGUCACUAGUUCAUAUGAAGUGAAAGCCCAUCUUUCUACUGAAGCUACAGAAGAACGUCGGAGAAUGUCAGAGGCAGUUGCAGAGAGCAAAGGCAAACGGACAGGCGAUAUUGAAUACAGUGCUGCAUUUUAUGAACUCGAGAUACAAGUAUCCGAAGAAUUGUCGAAGUUUGAUCGUAAACGAGAUACCGAAAUUGAAGGCCAAUGGCUAGUUCAUCAUUCUAUCGGAGUACCGCAUUUGGACGAAUCAGGAUUUAGCGCAGAGGGAUGUGACAUGGCAUUGCUGCCUCGCGUAGGAAUAGCUGCUCUCAUAAGACGGACUCUUAAGACUGAACGUGCGAAUGUGUUCUGCUUUUUGCCUCUUCCGUUGCAGUGGAAUCUUCCUGUUCAGGUAAACGGUCAUUUUGCUUUGAAUUCCACAAGACGUGGAUUGUGGCGUGAUUCUAAAUCGUCGCGUCCGGCUAAGUCGAACGAGCAAGAAUGGAACGAAGAUCUUAUCAAGUUUGUGUUGGCGCCAGCCUAUGCUAAAUUCUUAGUAAAAGCUCGGGAGUAUGUGACUGUGAAUGAAGAUGAUGACACCGCUAGACAAUCUUUCGGUAAAAGGUUGUACUGGUUUUAUGAUUUGCUACCCAAAUAUACAUUUUCUCAUACUGAAUUAUAUCCGCCAAUGUUAGUGAAAGAAUUGUACGUUUAUUUCGUCAAACACAAUUGUCCUUUAUUGGCUUAUACGGGACAGCCUGCUGUUUCUGUUCAUCAAUAUAUGAAGAGGCUGAAUGAGACGGAGCAGUCGCAAAUAAAAGCUAUUUUGGUAGAAACCGAUGAUUUUGAAGCCGCGCCACUCGAGUGGCGUGAAAUUGGCAAUGAAACUGAAGCCGGUAUUUUGACAGGGUAUUUUUCUUCUUUUCCUAGUAAGUAUGAAAUAUAUGCCCUUGAAGUAGUUUUAUUGCGUCUUGGAUUUCCAAUUGUGCUGUCACCGCGUAUGCUGUAUACCAACAUUUUGAAAGCAAACGAAAAAGAGAAGGAAAAGUCAACCGAAAAGGCAAAAGUUGAAAUGAUAAACCGUGAAGCUGUUUACUUGUUUUUGAAGAAUUAUCAGGCUUCCAGUUCUUGCUGUCGGCUUCGACUUGAAAGCUUUGAAAACACGGUUUUGAGGAGCUGCGAAGCCGCAAAUUUGAUUUUGCGAUAUUUGGUAGAACAUAGAACCAAGUCUGGUACAAAUAGUGAGAGUGAAACAGAAUCGGAUACAAGUUACUUGAAUGGUCUUCCUCUUCUUAUCACGGCUGAUGGGAAACUGCGAGAGUUUUCCACAUCUUCGACUGCAUUUGUGUCUUUAUACAGCGACUUGUUGCCCAAGGAGCUGCACCUGUUUGUGCACAGUCAACUUGUGAGAACUUUACAACAUUCCAAAGAUUCUGUGUUGAAGGAACUGAGCGCAAGUGACUUGGCUCGUUAUUUACCUGAUCAAGGCGUGUUUCCAAGUAAUUGGCUGAACGCUAGCCGAUAUUAUGACGACUGGAAUCCUGAUGUCGGUCCCUCCAAACAGUGGAUUGACAGGUUAUGGUCAUACCUACGAACGGUGGACUGUGAUGAAGCCUUAAAAACGUUAGCGAAUUUUCCUAUCAUCACAGUGGGCAAGAAAACGCUAGUGCCCCCAUCACUGUCACAGACCGUUCUUCUGCCGAAAUCUUCUGAAUUGUUUGCUCGUUUGCGUCAAGUUUUAAUGCGAUUAGGAGCCGUCGAAGUAGACGGGGUUGUCGUAAAAGCUCUUUCUCUUUCCGAAUUAAGAUAUUCCCCUACUGUAUCUGCUACGAGUUCAUCGUCGUCACAAACUUACUUAAACCGAUUUGCUAGCAUAGACAAUCCUUCGUCAAUCUUGAAAGUUCUGCAGUAUCUUUACAAGGACCGGGACGCGCCCAAACCUUCCCUUGAUGAGGCCAAAAUUAUUUUAGAGUAUUUUCAGAGCAAUUUGAGUAGUUUGGACGCGUCAGGGCGACUGUACACAGAUGAAUUAAAGGCAUUACCUUUGUUUGAGACAGUGGAAGGGAUUUUUACAGAAAUUUUACCGCUUCAAAGUGCCUACACUUUACCUAAGGAACUGCCCGAUUGUGGAUCUAAGGUAUGGAUGAAUAGAGCGAAGUGCAUAUUUCUUAAGGAGCAGCAAGCUUAUGCUAGAAUCUACAAAAAAUUGGGAUUGAGUAAAAAGACAGGUAUCGAAGUGUACAUGGAUUACAUUCUACCAUGCUUUUCUAACAUGUCUCAAGACGAUCGUAUCGCACAUCUUGUAUUCAUAAUGACACAAUAUGAAGAUUGUGAGAGGUUGAUAGAGAAAGUGACAGUCACCCCUUGUUUUGACAAAAAUGGUAAGCCUGUCACAACUGACGAGUUUUACGAUCCAACCGUACCACUGUUUUCUAAGAUGUUAUCUUCAGAUGAAAUUCCUCCUAUGCCUACAGCGCCUCUUCUAGCGGAACGUCAACAACCCAAAUGGCUGCCUUUUCUCAGACGUCUAGGUUUGAAGACGGUGUGUCCGACAUCAAAAUUUCUGGAAUUGGCGAAGAGAUUAGAGGUAGAAACGCUAAACUGGACACUGUCAGGACGAGAACCUGACAACUACGAGGACUGGAAGAAAAGGUCAAAGUUGAUGGAAGAUCAUCUUACUGUGAAAAUGAGAAAUGCUUGGUCCGACAAACAAUUCAUGGCAAGGAUGUCCACAAUCAGCUUUCUGCCGUCAAAACAGGUUAGACGGAAAUUAGAAAAUCUUGCUACUCCUUUCUAUAAACGAAAUAGAACAAGCAAUUACGCAACCAACUUUAGUAAUGGGGUGUUGUACUCUGAAGACAACGAGAGGCUUUGCUGGACAUCUAUAGCUUUAAUUGAUGUGGAAAAUGCAACAGUUCGAGGAGUCCGGUCGAAUUUUAUAUCGUCAGCCGGGAUUAGUGUGCAUCCGAAACUUGAUGACGUUCUGACUCACUUUAGUCUUCUUGUUGAGCAAGCGCAGACUGUCGUUUCUCCUUCAUUUGAAAUUGCAGGUGACGUCGUCGAACUGCUGUUAACUGUUUUGUCGACACUUUUCAGUUAUUUUACAAAACUUGUUUCUAGCAAGCCGUUGGACGAACUGCCACCGUUUGCUGAUUUACGGAAUGUGAAGUCUCUAUCAUCCGAUCUGUCUUCAGACGGAUAUCGAAUUGUCGAAUUUCUCUCAUCUUAUCCAUCUAUUUUCAUUCCCGAUAAGCAGAUGUUUGUUAAACCUCAACAAGUUGUGUUUUCUCUCGAGCACAAAUUUUAUCCUUAUCUUUUCCAACUUCCACGAGAUUUAGCGUCUUACCAUUUGCUGCUGAGACGCAUUGGAGUGGACGAGAAACCAAAAGCGUUUCAUUGUGCUCGCAUUUUAGAAUCCAUCAGAACGCGAUACGGAGACGACAAAGUCGUAUCUCCAGGAGACUGGAAUGUUUCUCUUGAUGCCGUUGCUUUGCUCUUUCAAAUAUUGAGGGCUAGGACGAAACAACUGGUAGAGAAGUUUCCUACACAGAACACUUCCUCGUCAGUUAAUGAGAUGGAGACCUCCCUCACACCACUAUACUUGCUCAGUCGAGACGAGACACUUGUUGUCGCAAAGGACCUUGUGUAUUUGGAUCGGGUUCAUUUAGAAAAUCAGUUAGGUCAUUUUAGUAAGUACAAGUUUUUGAUCGAUUUGAUGAAAUGCGGUCUUUCGUCGCUUGAAGAAGAGACGAUAGAUCUCUUGCCGUCUCGUCUACGACCGCAAAAGUUUUCACAUUUGACAGAGGAAGUUUUAGAUCCUGAUUGCCUUUGUCUCGUUGUUGAAGAUGAUGAACGAGAGCGGGAACGAUUGGCUACGAUAUAUCAACGUCGACUGUCUUCUCCGAUUUUUUUGCAAGGGAUUCGUAGCAUUUUUAUUCAUCAAGCUAGGAGUCCGCGUCUACCAGUCGAGCUAGAAACCCGCCUGUCUCUGUUGCAAAGCUGUUUGCGUGUUCGCUGUCUUCCUGAAAUUCGGAUUUGUCUCAAACCACAAGAUGGGAGAGAUCUGAUCAAAUUGGAAGGCGUACAAAAGUUUUGUUUUCAUGAACAAACGCCAUCAGAAGUAACACUUUAUAUUGAAUCAAAUAGUACAACGGCGGAUUCUGACAUGCGGCUUCAUGGCUUUAUAGCAGAAGAACUGCAGACGUUCUUGGGUACUCAAUUGUCUUCGGAAUUUCCUUUGAUAAGGAUUGUUUACUGCAAACAUUCGGCUUCGAUACCAGAAGUUUUGAAGAGUCACAAUAUUCCAUUCGUGAAUGAUGGUGACCUUGUUCUAGACGAUAACAGUGAGAUUUACUACCCUGGCAUGCAACUUCUUCCUAGUCAUUUGGCACAUCUUCACAAAUCAGAUCUCGUUCACAGAUUCAACAUUGACGAGUGGGUAGCGUACGAGGUCGAAGAGGACCGUUUUAUCUACGCCAUCGUUAUCCAUCGAGAAUACGACCCUCAUGCGGCCGAAUCAGAGUUGAUGACACGUUACGGAAUUAAUAUAGGAGAAGAAGAACCGAAGAUAGUCAGCGUACUGUCGUUGUACGCUUUUACAGAUAAAGAUGAAUUUCAUCAUCAACUAGAACGCAGCUUGGUAUUGGCCGAUUCGUCUUCCUCUGUCGAUGCAAACUCCGACAUCGAUUCUUCCGCUACCCUGGAGAAUAAGAAGGAUGCAGUUCAAAAACAACUGAAUGAGAUAUGGAAACUCUCUAUUGAAGACAGGAAAAAAGCAAUCAGACGAUUGUAUCUAAAGUGGCAUCCUGAUAAAACAGAUGAUCCUGAUGCCGCGGAAGUGUUCAAGUUCAUGAAAAUCGAAAUUGCCCGUUUGGAGAGAGGAGACCCUCAAUACGGCGGAGUUAGUUCGUACAGCGGUUGUUAUUCGAAUUGGGACUCAUUCGCCAGAAGUUAUGGUAGAAGCUACCGAGCUUCUUCUUACACUUACCGUAGACCACCUUGUUACAGCUAUCUCCAUUUAGUUCGUGACCAACGUUUAGGCCUUCUGUUCGUGCGACAAGCUGAGGCUGAUUUUAAAGUAGCAGAAGCAUUGUUUGGCACGGAUAACAGCGAUGAUCAACGAUUCGCCACUGUGUGCUUUCUUUGCCAUGAAGCAGUGGAGAAAGCUUUGAAAGGUUUGUUGUAUAUGAAACGCGGCAUUCCGGACGAAGACCGACAUAAACACUAUUUCCGCUUCUUUCUCGGAGCAGCAGAUUUACCAGGAUGUCCUUCCACUCUUAAAGGGUUUGUUUAUAUGGUCAGUGACGAUCACUACUUGGACACUCGAUACCCAAACAAACACUACGUUGUUCCUGCCGACCAGUUCUCUAGGGACACAGCAAAUCGCAGUCUGACGGGAGCCAGAGGUGUCAUUAAAGACACUCUAAAGUUUGCUGAAGACAAUAGUUGAAUACGACUGCUCGACGAAGUCGGUACUGUCUGUAUCUGAUUCAUCAGAUCGUAUAAUAUUUUGUGUUGAUUAGCAGAUUACGCUUUCGAGUUUGUGAAUGGAUCGAUGCUUUAUUUUGCACGCGCUCUAGUCUACUAUAGCAGUAUGAGUACUUGGCCUAAACGUCUGUGUAGUAAAUACGUAUGUAUAUAUGCAUACCAUUUACCGUCAAAAUAGGCUGUGUGACGUACCAUUGUGAUUGUGUGCUGAUAUUGCUGAGCAAAGUCGUUUUGCAUAGAUAUUGUGCAGCUUUACUUUCCGUCAACAAUAGUACUGAACCCAACCUUACUUUUAAAAAUUUAAUAGAGUAAGUUCAGUAACGUCGUUUAUCAUUCUGCGUAUCUUUGUAAUGCUUG